AUGCGGUACCGAAGCCACCUGGACUUGGUGCUCAAGAACGUGUCGUUCACCGUCCAGGCCGGAGAAAAGGUCGGCAUUUGCGGACGCACCGGGUCCGGCAAGAGCUCGCUCAUGGCGGCCCUCUUCCGCAUGGUCGAAGCAACCGACGGACGCAUCCGCAUCGACGGCGUCGACAUUGCCACCGUCGACCUCCACACGCUGCGGUCGCGCCUGACCAUCAUCCCGCAAGACCCCGUCCUCUUCAGCGGGUCGCUGCGCUUCAACCUGGACCCGGCCAACGAGGCCAGCGACGACGAACUGUGGUGCGUGCUGAAGAAGGUGCACCUGGCAGACGUCGUCGAGGACGGCCUCGAGUUUGUCGUGGCCGAGAAGGGAGGCAACCUGUCGGUGGGCCAGCGCCAGUUGGUGUGCAUCGCGCGCGCGCUCCUGCGUCGGAGUCGGGUCGUCGUGCUGGACGAGGCGACGGCCAACAUCGACUUGGAGUCUGACCGUCUCAUCCAAAACACGAUCAAGGACUGUUUCGACGGCGUCACCAUGUUGGUUAUCGCGCACCGCCUCGACACGAUCCUCGACAGCGACCGCAUCUUGGUCAUGGACCACGGCAGCGUCGUCGAAUACGGCACGCCCAGCGCUCUCUUGGCGAUUGAAGGCGGAGCAUUCGCUCAGCUUGCGUCUCAUGUCAGGCUGACCAACUCGUCGCUGGACGAUGUGUCGUGCUUCGAAUACCUUGGAAGUCAAGCUUAUGGGUAA